UAAUUUUAUAAUUAAAAAUGUCUUUCUUCUACAGAGGGUUCAACAGUUCUUUUGGCAAAAGAGCUUUUAGAUUCAACAGAUGAUUCGCAACUAUGCAUAUACCAAAUGCUCAGAAACAACUCAUUUCCAACUACCUUAAGUCUCAGGUAUCUUUACCAUUGAGCACUGGAAAUAUGAUGUCUAUUAUCUUGAACAACAACUUAGUGUUGCAGAAUAUGGUCAACUCUAGCCUUGAUGAGCUCGAAGAGUCAACAAUGGCCUCCACUAGCGAAGAUCUUGAUGAAUUGAGCAAGAAUAUUGAUGUAUUAUUAUCCCUCUCCUAAAACCAGGUUCAAAACUUGUGUUGGCUGGAUAAAAGAAAUCAGAGCAAGGUUUACUAAAAUAGAAGGGAUUUUGGGACUUUUAGUAGUACAAAUUCGGGUUUUGACUGGGAGUGGUGAAGGAAAGGGGAUUUUGAGGGAGUGGAAUGAGGUUUUGGGUGGAUUGUGAUUAAGUUUGAAUAGUAAAACCAAGUGCCGACUGGUGAGUUAAGAGAUGGGAUAUUUCAUAUUGAAUUACUUACAAGCUGAGUUCAACCUAGUU